GGUAUCAGGUUUAAUCAUGUGAAGGUUGAAAAAAAUUACGACUGAACUGAAGCGGAAGUAAUCUUUAUCACUUUGACUUGCUUUUCCCGUUCGAAUCGCUAAUCUCAUUUCUUUUGGCGCUAUUUUACAUCAAACGUAUUGACACAUUCAAGCACUUGUUUUCAAGUGGUUGAGGAGCCUGUAAACAUUCUUUCAAUAUUUCAACCCAGACAGCUCUUGUGGAGUCAGUGAACUGUUCAACUUCAUUAAUUUUGAUAGUUACCAUAAAAUGGAUGCCCCACUGCAUUUCACUGAAACUAAAGAUUCUCGCUUGCUGAAGGUAUUGYUGAUUCUUGCUAUGAUAUUUUUCGUCAUUGUUAUUGUGAUGACAGCCCUGUUUUUAUGGGUCGUCUUAAAACCCGUCGAGAAGCAGAAAACGAAGACAAGCAAUCACGAAAURAYGAGCUCAACAUCAUGUUCUCAGCGUCCGCCAUUGUUUAGACUUCCUUCUCCUCUACCAAAUCAAAUCAAAAAGGUAUUAAACGGCAUCGAUGCUCAUUUGAUUGAUGCCGUACAAAACUCAAAAGGAACAGCGAACAUGUCUGCGAUGUCUAUCAAAAUUGUUUACCAAAAUACAACUAUUUUCACUGGGAAUUAUGGAAGCAAAGUCUUCAAAGGGUCUCUGGCCCCUAACGAUCACACAAGGUAUCGCGUUGGAAGCGUGACAAAGAUCUUUCCAGUUCUUUUGCUCUAUAAGUUAUACGAAGAUGGAGUUAUAACCUCACUCGAUGAGCCUCUUAUAAAGUAUGCUCCUAACUUUUCCAUCAAGAAUCCAUUUGGAGGUACAAAGUAUAAUAUUACAUUGAGGCAAAUUGCAAAUCAAAUGUCAGGGCUACCAAGGGAAUCGCCAUGUGGAUAUUACUGUAACAACACCACUACGUCAGAGCAGCUGGCUCUAUUAAAGGACCAUCAUUUUGUGGUUAAACCAUGGACAAUUCCUUCCUACAGUAACCUUGGUUACGUUUUGCUAGGAAGAAUAUUAACCGAGAACCUCCUUAACAAACCCUUUGAAAAGUGGGUUCAAGAUGAAAUCCUUAAUCCUCUUGGAAUGAAGAAUACGGGUUUUGAGAUUAACGAGGACACGAAAAAAAACAUGGCUUUACCAUAUUUCAGGAAUGGAUCACUUAUGACUAUAAGUGACAUCGGAUGGGCGAAUCCUGCAGGAGGAAUGUACUCUACAUCAGAAGACCUGAUGAAACUAGCAAGAAUAUUCUUACAACCCGACAAUCAACAACUUUUUAAACCAGACUCCAUACGCGAAAUGCUGCUUACUGAUUUUAUCACGCGCGAUGGAUUAUGGUUGUGGGGAUCGCCUUGGGAGAUGCGAUUUGUCRAAGGCUAUCUCAUUCGACAAAAAAUAGGAAACAUCGAUAGUUAUAACGCGGUUUUUUCAGUCAUCCCAGAACUGGAAUUAGGCCUUUGUACAUUGAUUAAUGUGAAAGCCGGAGUCGAAGGUAUUGGCUUUGCAUUGGUAGAUAUUUUCCACAAAGACUUGAUUUCUGCAUUUAACGAGACCCUCUUUGAAAUGCAAAAAUGGCGCCAUUUUCCAAUCUCUGCUAAGCCAUUCACUGGGAAAUACAUACUGUCAAGAGAGAACUUGGUCACUGGAGUGUUUGAAAACUUAACUGUCAUUAUAGAUGAACACGAUGUCUCCCUUCGAGUGCAGCCUGUUGAAGAAUCUCCUAGCUUCUAUAGCUUUUUCAUGAAUUAUAUCGGAAAUCCUUUAGUUUUUAGAGCCACCUAUAACUUUGUUAAAAAUAGAAAAGAAUGCACUUCGAGCCAUUUCGGUGCAUUCGCUAUAAUGGUGUUUGAGCAGCCAGGAGAAGACGGUUUAUCGAGAGCAUUUUCAUCUAAAGAAUGGCAGAUCAGUGCAAGACGAAUAUAACACUUCACAUCCAUUGGAAAGAUCGCUGUGUUCAGUGUGGAUUGUAUAAAGUAAUAUAAGUUUCUUUUUUAUUCAUCAUUAUCAUCAUCAUCGUUGAUUUCAUAUUGGCUUUCUUCAUAUCAAAACUUUUGUAUAGAAACAAAUGCGAUUGGAGCGUACUAAGGUGUAAUAUCUAUUUCACGGGUUUUUUKACUUUAAAUACAGACCAAUAUAUACUA